AUGGCCAAGCAUCCGACCCUCGUCCCCCCACCUCCCCUUAACCCGAGCAAAUCUGCAAUUGAGAAUGUGCUGGAGUUGACGGAACUGGGGGCGAUUGCACCUGAUGUCUUCUCCAACACUCGCGCUCUAUGGCAUCCCCCCGGAGCCAGAGGAAUUUACGGCGGAGCCGUCAUCGCACAAUGCCUCGCCGCCGCCCAGAGAACCGUCCCGGAGAACUUCCUCGUCCACAGCAUGCACUGCUACUUUGUCCUCGCCGGCGACUCUGAGAUCCCAGUCAUGUACUUUGUCGAACGCGUCCGGGAGGGCAGGUCCUUCGCCACCCGCACCGUCCAAGCGCGGCAGAGGGGGAAAGCCAUCUUCACCACCACGCUGUCAUUUACGCGCGAGAACAGCGGGGGGAGGAAGACUCUCACGCACGCGGUGCCUCGGCCGGAGGGGCUCCAGAAGCCAGAGGACGACGGCGCGGAGAUGGGGAGCGGGACGAGCCCGUUUGUGAGUCGCCAGGUUGAGAUUUUAAAUAAGGACAGCGCGCAUCCGCACGAGAAGAAGACGCGGCAGUGGAUCAAGGCGAGGGGGAGCAUAAGUGACGAGGGGGGCCACCAGGCGCACUUGAGUGCCUUGGCGUACAUGUCGGAUUCGUACUUUAUUGGGACAGUAAGCCGGAUACACCCUCUAUACCGGAGGGACGACACAGAUAAUUCGCUGGAUAAGCCCCAGUCGGGCAGAGAGAAUCCGCAGGGCCUCCCUGAGAUUGGGAUGAUGGGUGUCGUGAGACUGAAAGAACCUGAAGCGCCUGUCGGAGCGAAAUUAUGA